AUGUGGGGCAGAGAACAGGGACGUACUGAAAUACGUUCUGCGAGAAGUGGAGACGGUCCACGGUGCCUCAUUUUAACCGUAUCUUGGGUGGGUACGUACCUGCUGCCUCUUUCUCUUUCAGGAAAGUCGUCAAAAACGCUGCAUUUCUUCGCCCACACACACAACCUGAAUCAUCCCGGCACCAACACUCCCGUCUACUUGGGCUCUUCCCAGUCCCUAGCACUGUUCCUGUGUUAUUACACUCUGAAGAUCCAACGACGAAUACGAACGAAUGCAGGUUCGCAAUGCCCAUCUCUCAUCGCCGGUGUCUUUUCACGCCUCGGAGCUGCACCAGCUGGCGACUCGCAAUCCGUCAAUCCCUCGAUCCUUGAAUUUCGUCCCAUCAUUGACCACCUUAUCAUCACACCCCUUCAGACCCGUCCAUCCAUCUUUCCAUCACGCCCUGCGUUGAUGGUCAGUUGGGCCUCGCGCCAUCUAUCCACAAGUAAACGUAUUGACCAGCCGUUUCCUUCCCGUCCGUCUCGCCGGGCGCCAUCGGACGCCUCCAAGCCUCACAUCGUGUAUCGCUCGGGCCACUGCCGAGUCUUCCAUGUCUGUCCGCCCUUUCAAGCCGUUGCUUCAAGCCAGGCUCACCAGGGACAGGCAGACAAAGGCAGCCAGAAAAACGAGCAAAAAUCAUCCGAACCUUCUCGAGCUCCAACCCUUGGCCUGGCUGGGAAUAGUGUGCCCCAAAACACCGGACGGCGUGGCGUUGGCAGCCUGCAUACUUCCGCCGAUCCCCAAUAA